AUGAAGCUCUCUGCUACUCUCAGUGCCGCUCUCUUGGCCAGCGGUAGCGUCGCUAUCCACACCAAUGGUAAUCAGCACGGUACCAAUGUCAACUACCACAGUCAGUGCCCAUUCACUAUUGACCCUGUCCCCAUCGUCAACCAGGCAAAUCACCACGAUAUCAGCUUCCCCAAGCCCUCCGGCUUCGUCAACUGGAAGACCUUCAAGGCCAACGGCGCCAACCUCGGUGGAUGGCUCGAGAAGGAACAGACUCACGACCCCAUCUGGUGGUCCCAGGUUGGUGGUGACGGUGCCUCUGAUGAGUGGUCUCUGUGCCAGCAACUUGGCAGCAAGUGCGGUCCUGCCCUCGAGGCCCGCUAUGCAUCCUUUCUGAACACCACCACCAUCGACCAGAUGGCUACUGUUGGUGUCAACACCCUCCGCAUUCCCACCACCUACGCUGCCUGGGUCAAGGUUCCCGGCUCUGCGCUCUACCACGGCAACCAGCAGCAGUACCUCAAGACGAUCACCGACUAUGCCAUCAACAAGUAUGGCAUGCACAUUAUCAUCGGUCUUCACUCCUUGCCUGGUGGUGUCAACAACCUCGAUAUUGGUGAGGCUUUGAUGCAUGAUGGCUGGUUCUACAACGCUACCAACCUCGACUACUCUUUCCAAGCUGUCGAUGCUAUCCUAAACUUCAUCAAGAACAGCGGCAAGAUUUCCUCCUUCACCAUCGCCCCCAUCAACGAAGCCUCCGACAAUCUCGCCGGCUUCGGUACUCCUGCUGGUCUCUCCAUCAACGCCACCAACUGGAUCAACACUUACCACGACGGUGUACUAAAGAAGAUCGCCAAAGUCGACAAGCGCAUCCCCAUGAUGAUCCAGGACUGCUUCCAGGGUGCUUCAUACUGGGCUCCCUUCUACGAUGCCAGCGCCAACAUCGUCUUCGACUCGCACGUCUACUACUUCGCUGCUGCUGGCGCUUACUCGCAGUACAUUAACCCUGCUGUUUGCGGUCAGGCCGCCUACAUCGCUGAGGAGACGAAGUUUCCGGUCUUUGUUGGCGAGUGGUCCCUGCAGACUAUGUACAACAACACCUUUGCCAGCCGCAAGACCCUGUUUGAUACCCAGCGCUAUGCAUGGAACAAGUACGUUUCUGGUGGUACUUUCUGGACUGCGGUCAGUUACAGUACUGCGAAGGUUGAUGGAGAGGGUACUCAGCGCGAGUACUGGUCGUACAUUGAUCUGAUCAACCAAGGUGUUAUCACCCUUGCUACCAAUGCGUCGUACUGCUAG